AUGCAUCCGAUUCCGAGCCCGACAUUGAAGACGCGUGACGCGACGCAGCAUGACGCGUCGGGCGUGACCGUGCAAAUACGCGCACACACGGACGCGCCCAGUCUGUUGAACACCACACGUGAGCACCCCUUAUCGUUCUCUGCUCCGCCCACCAUCUUGCGCGCCCUUGCUUUCGUUCUCACUGCCGACGAUGCUGUCCCAGACGCUCUCCGCGUCGCCGUCGCCGCCCCGCGCGCUGCCGCUCAAGUUCCGCCGCAAAAGCCUCACCGCGUCGGACGUGGACCCCCUCGACGUACCUUUUUCUUCGCAGUCUCCCUCCCACAGUUCUGCAUACUCCCCGCCGCAUACUCCUCGGUGUCUGCGUCUUCUUCCCCCUUCACGCCCAGCGUCGUUCUCGCCAGUUCUCCCACCGAGCGCGCGCACAUCCGCUACCAGUCGAGCCCAAUUCACGCCCCGUCCUCCGACUAUGUUAUUUGUGCACGCGAUGUGCGCGAUGAAGAGAGCGCAUAUACCCAUCCCAGUGUGUACCCAAGCGCGAAGUACGCGCAUGCAGGCUACGCACCAGCAAGGCUGCCCCCUCCUGCGCGUUCCGCGUACGCCUACGGCUAUACGGUCAUGAGUGACGCACUGGAGCCACCAUCGACAUCCGAUAUUGACUUGGACGUUUCAGACGACGGAGAUGAGACAUUUCGGGGUGUUGAUAACGAUGAUAUCAUGGAUAUGGACGAGGACUUCUAUACCGACCCGGAUUUCCUCUCGCAGCGCCGCCGCCUCUCGUUUUUAACCUCCGCUGAGCGCGAAACUCCGUUCCGUAGCAAGAUCGAGGGCCCAUUCUCGCGUGCUUUCGAGAUCGCAUUCCCCACUCCCUUCAUCGUCGCCGCCGUCCUCGUCCCCGUGCUUGCCAGCAGCAUCGUUAUCCCCCGAGCUGCCGCCUUUGGCUACUCGAUGCCGCCGAUCACGCCCGCGAACUCGGAGCCACCUGAGCCCACGCGCCGCAUGCGGUCCUCUUUGUUUGCUCUCCUCAAUCCGGCCCCUGAACCCGAACUGCCGAUGAAGGUAGAACUGCAGGAGGAGGCCGAGGUGGACGUUGUGGGUGACGAUGCUCCCGCAUCGGCGGAAUCUGAGCUCCAACAAUGCAGGAAUAAUGCUACGCUUGCGUCUCUGACAAGUGAGCAUUUUGCCAGCCAGUCACCCGAAACGCGCGUGCGGUGUCGUGCUCGGACGCAGAGCCUGGCUUCUUCGCCGCUCUCGUCGCCCCCAUCAUCCCCUCGCAUCGCCGCGCGCCCCAUUGCAUGCCACGAAUUCCAGGAGCAGCGUCAAUUACAUCCCAUCGCGGGGCCGUCCACAGUGCGGCACGGCUCAGCUCUGCGAGGUGACAAGGUCAAGUCAUCCAGUAGCGCUGCAGUUCGCGCUAGCAAAUCAUCGACCGGAUCCACUGACCCGGUUUCAAAGCCGCGCCCGCGAGGUCCUUCCGCUACGCGCGCAGCUCUUACCUCUGGGCCUGCGAGGGGCAGGGAUGUGGGUCGACUCCCUAAGCCUGCGAAACCUGCAGUUCAUCCCGUGGCUGAGCGCGUCCCGAACACGGAAGAUCGAGACGCUAACGCGGACCGGUCGAAGUCAAAUGACAAGAGGCGUCAGAGAGAUGCGGCCCAGGCGCCUGCGAGGAAACGACCGCGGUUAAUCCUUUCCGACACUGAGUCCGAGGCUGAGGAUGCGGACGUGAAGCCAAAAACGAAGGCUACGGCUAGCAUGGAGGAGGGCUGGAAAGCCUCUCACACGAAGAAGGAGACCAAGAGCGUGAAGAGGCCGUCGAGGCCCGCGAAAGCGAAGGCCGACGGCUCGAGCGACGACGAAGCCGAGAACGACGCCCCGGCGUCACACUUACCGACGAAGACCGUGCCUUCGAAGCCCGUCUCCAGUCCGCCAAAAAAGCAAAAGGUUGCAGCCAACGGCAAAGCGUGUGUGCGCUCGCCCGUCCGCAUACCGACCAAUCUUCCGCUGCCUUACGAGGAGAUGCAGGGCAUGUUGAUCGAAACCCUCGCGACCUCGCGUGCCUCCUCUCUUCCUGCCUCGUCCCUGUAUAACGGGCUCAUGGCAAGCCGGCCUGCCCUGAAGGAGUCGGCAAGCCUACUUGGCGAGGGCCCAAUGACGAAGAAGGAGUGGACAACUGCGAUCGAGGACAUCCUAGAAGCAGGCUGUCAGUCCAGCGGCGUUUUCGGCAAGGUUGAGAGCAAUCUCAAGGUUGCUGCGGAUCAUGAGGUGGAAACGCAGUGGUUCUACGUCCCGGAGAAGGAUGAAGACCAGGAGCGUGCGACUCUCAUCAAGAGCAUGAUGCCGCGCCCAGGAAAACGGUCGGAGACGAAGAAGUCAAAGCAGUACUAUUGGCGGCCGCUGGGCAAGAUCUCGCGGUGGGAUCCUGAGGAUGAUCUAUAG